GUAGCCUGUGGAAGUUUCUUUGAAAAAUUAAUAUAGAAAUAGCUUUUAAGAAUAAUAAUUAUUAAUCUACAAUAUAGAAAUAAUUCACCAACUCUAUUGUUGGAUAUUCGAAAAACAUGUUUUUUUUUAUACCGAUUAAUAUUAUCAAAGAAUUGUUGUUGCAAUGCCAUGCCAUGCAACGUCGACAUGCACCAAGACGGAAUUUGAAAAAAAAUCCACCCGUAUUUCUGCGGUUCGCUCGGUAUAUAAAGCAGAAAACGAGAAAAGGCGCGCAUGAUUUCUUGAAAAUCAAUAAUUUCCCCCGAAUUGUGUGGUGUCGGAUUUCAUUCAUGAAUCCGGCGUCGCUCCCUCCAUCCCGUUACGCAAUCCACCCUAAUCAUUUGCGUGAGAAACGGUGUCCUGCGGGAUGCUCCAUCUCGGACCGCGACUCUUCCGGAUUUUUUUUUAAACUGACACCGGCUGAUUUCCGAGACGCGAUGGCGACGAGAGGCGUCGUCGGUGAAAAUAGUUAUAUUUUGGACGCGAGACGGCAGUUUUCCGAAGAUAGGGGUAGCAGCAUAGAUUCGCACGAAAAUGCCUUCGACGACAUGAAGCAGCUAAUAAACGAGGACGAGAACGAGCAGAAAUCUUCCUUACCAUCGGCCAGCUUUAACUUCAUCAAUUCAAUUAUCGGCAGCGGAGUAAUAGGAAUCCCGUACGCGCUCCACGAAGCGGGGUUCGGUUUCGGCCUGUUUCUUUUGGUAUUCGUCGCCUACGUCACAGACUACUCCCUAAUUCUGAUGAUCAAAGCGGGUCACAUAAGCGGCAGAUUUUCCUAUCAGGGAAUCAUGGAGGCUGCAUUCGGAAGACCCGGGUAUUACUUACUGGGCGCGUUGCAGUUUUUCUACCCCUUUAUCGCUAUGGUAUCGUACAACGUGGUGGUGGGGGACACGGUGACCAAAGUAAUAAUAAGACUAGUUGGUUUGUCGCCGCACAACAUCUUCGCCAAACGGCAAGUGAUAGUUUUGAUAGCGACCGUUUUCAUUACCGUCCCGUUGUGUUUGUACCGGGACAUCAGCAAGUUGGCCAAAAUAUCCUUCUUCAGUCUGGUCUGUAUCGGAUUCAUCCUGUUUUCCAUCCUGCUGCGGAUCGGGAAGAUGAGCGAGAUCGUCCCAAAGCACCAGGAAUCCUGGAGGUUUUUCAACCAGGAUAUCAUCCCGGCGAUAGGGAUCAUGGCGUUCGCGUUUAUGUGCCACCACAACACGUUCCUCAUCUACAGCUCGAUAGCCGAUGCCUCGCAGAAAAAAUGGGAGACUGUGACUCACGCGUCCAUCUUGACCAGUCUGGUGGUCGCAUGCCUAUUCGGGAUCGCGGGGUACGCCACGUUUAAAGCGCACUCACAAGGCGAUUUGCUGGAAAACUACUGCUGGGAUGACGACUUGAUGAACGUCAGCCGCCUGCUGUUCAGCGUCCAAAUCCUGCUUACGUAUCCGAUAGAAUGUUUCGUCUCACGGGAGGUGAUCGAAAACACGGUGUUGGGCAGGGAUCCUAACGUGCCAAUCUCCGAAAAAGUCCACUACGGCCUAACCCUAUCAAUAAUCGUUACGACCUAUUUGAUAUCCAUGGCCACAGACUGUCUCGGAGUAGUGUUGGAGUUAAACGGGGUGCUGGCGGCGGUACCAUUAGCCUACGUGUUGCCCGCCCUUUGUUAUCUCCGUCUCGAGGAAGGUUUCGUCCUGAACCGGAACAAGCUGCCUGCCCUCGGAGUGGCCAUUUUCGGAACGACGGUCGCCGCUUUGGGCGUCAUUUUUCUCUUUCUCGAUAUCGACAAAGUGAACGAAUGCUCGCACGAUAGCGAGAUGCCUUACUGCGCCAUCGCCGAGGCUGUUAACAAUACCGCUUCCGACAAUAUAUUGAGUACCGUUACUACACAUAUGUAAUUUCACUCACAAAU